AGCUAUUUAUUCUCAACAGGUUUUCUUAAAUCUUUUUUUUUCAUCGAUAUGGAUAAUAAAUAUUAAAUUUUUCAAAUAAAGUAAAGUCAAAAUUUGGUGUAAAUUUAAAUUUGGCGUCAUUUACGAAAAGGGUUCGAAUUUUGAGACCGCAAAAGUCUGGUGUGAAGUUAAGGCAUAACACAGUCUUAAGAAACUCAAACAAAAGUAAUAUCUCUACAUCAAAGUCAAUUUUAUCACAGCGCUAUAGAACUUUUUUGCUGACUCUUUGGUUAUCCACUACAAUAUAUAAGAUGUUGCGAUUGGAAGAUUUCACGCAUACCUAUGCAAACAUAUAUCACAAUACUAAAAAUAUAUUCGAUGUAUGUAUAUGAGAGGGAUGAGGUGCUAAAUUGGAAACAAAAGAUUUGCUUUGAUAUUGUCUUAAACACCGGUAAACAUGUAUUCCACAAAGAAAUAUGGUACAUAUAUAUCUAUGUACGUCACUUUAAUAAGUGAAUGAAAUUAUUAAAAAUACAUAUAAAUAUAUAAUGUUAUAAUAAAUACUGUAUCUGCCAGAAGGAGAAAGCCAGAAAGUAGUACUUCUAAGUAUAUGUACUUAAUCCCAGUACAAACUGCAGAGAGAACUGUUCAAAUGAGAUACAAGUGUGCGCUAACCCCUCAUAGGCAAUCAAAACUUUACUCAUAUCAGGUGGCACGUUAAGGUGAUAAGUUGCAACAUUUGGAGCAAAGUUUAUAAUACAAUGGGGUGUCAUAGAUUAACGAGGCGCUGAAUUAUGAAAUAUUAACUCCUCAAGACGAAGAGUCGAGCUGUCAGAUUUUUUUUGGUUUGUUUUAUCUUCCAGAACUAUUUGAAAUACGUGGUUAAAGUAAAUUUUAAAUAAGAGACGAUAGACUUUCCAAAGACAGUCGCUACUUUUUUUGUUUUAACCAAACAGUUUUGGAAGCGGUAGAGCGUUGUCUUAUUACUUGGGAAAAGUUCUGAAGUUCUGCUGGGAAGUCUACUAAGAAUAUGGAUAAUGGUCAGCCACGUGCAUGCGUGUCCAGUUUUCUGAGUGGGGAUGUGACCGAAGUCAACACAAGAAACGCUGAGGACUAUAGCAACCGCGCCAUGCCCGAUACGUCGGUAAUCUGAUUCACAUGAAUUGUGUUCAAGUGAAGACAAAAGCUGACCGUUUGACGACUGUUGACACCUGCGCCAUUGUCUACGACCCAACGAAUCUCGCUAAUAAAAGCGCCUUGUCGGCCUCGCUCAGCCGCAGUUAUCCUUUCAUUCCAGUCGUGUGGCAUACAUCAUGUCCUGUGUGGAGCUAGAUUUUCAUAGCUUCUAAAUUGCUUAACAAAUAAGUGCUUAAAAAACAAGAUUUCUUCCAAAAAUGAUCGCGUUAUUAUUGUUAUCGUUGUGUCUUGGUGAUAUUGUUGCCCAUCGUUUGGAUAAUAAUCUGUUCAAGCCUGUUCUUGACUUCAGUGGGUCCGAAGUAACGCCCGCGUUACCAAAGAACUCAAUCGAUGAGUUUCAGAACCCGGUUGAGGACGCAAUAUUUUCGGAGUUACGCGAUAGUGAUAGCGCUAGAGGUGUACAAAGACGCGGUGAUGUUGGUAGAAAAGAUCUGUUGCAACAUCUUUACGCAGCUUACGGAUGCUUGAGCUCCUUUGAAAGUUGGACGAAAUCAAAAGAUAAUAUAGAUUUCGAUUCGCUGCCGAGCAAAGGCUUUGAAUGCAAGAGAUCAGAGCCACCCAAAGACAAUUUACCAAUAAAAAUCUUCAGUCAGCAGCAGAUGCAGUCGUCACCUGAUGGGCAGAGAAAUGAGCGUACGCUUAGCAAGGACAAGACCGCUUUGACUGAUAACAAGUUUCUUCACGCUUUGCCUAUUUCUUACUUUGCAGACUUUUACAAGGAUUUGCUGAUUGACACGAGUAAGGUAGAUGCUAAGCGAGCCGGUACUGCUCCGGUAAUUGGCUGUGAUUGUAAAGUUAAGAUCGAUCUCUUGGACUUAGGUCAACAGCACUACCCACGCUAUCUCAUGAACGCAGUUUGCCAAAAUAGCCAAUCACCUAACCAGUAUCCACAGAAAUGUUGGCGGGGUUCCUACUGCAAGCCACUAGAGUAUAAAGUUAAAGUACUUACACCACGUUCCCUAUUGGAACCGACACAAAACGAUCCGGCGUUGGCUUGGUUACCCGAUGAAUUGCGACAAGAGUGGAAAUUCAAAACAGUCACUGUGGCGGCGGGUUGUUUUUGUUCGUACUGAUGCCAUUACCGUUAUUUGAGAUUGAAAAUAUUUCGAGAGCUGAAAGAUAAUACUACAUAUGAUAUUGAACUGAACGUUUACAUUUUAACGUAUUGAUAUAAUUAUAUAAUAUUUGGUGUAAUAUUUAUUUGCACCAAACAUAGUUUUGACGUUAAAUAAUGUGAUAAAUACAAUACUUGUACAUAUGUUAUGUAUCGAAAAUUGAAAAUGCAAAUGUGUUAAUAAACACAAACAAAUUUU